GGGCUUUGCAGACGCAAGCACGUCGAGGCGCUGCAGCCUAGAGCCGCGGAGGCUGCAGGCUGGGUCUGCGGCGACUUCUUUGGUAGUGGCCCCGCUGGCGGCUGGAGGUUGGAGAGAAAUCCAAGUACUCGGUUGAUGUACUUUCUGCUGCAAUGGGGGAGCUUUUCCGGAGCGAGGAGAUGACACUGGCUCAGCUUUUUCUACAGUCAGAAGCUGCUUAUUGUUGUGUUAGUGAAUUAGGAGAACUCGGAAAGGUUCAGUUUCGUGAUUUAAAUCCAGAUGUGAAUGUUUUCCAGCGGAAAUUUGUGAAUGAAGUUAGAAGAUGUGAAGAAAUGGAUCGAAAGCUUCGAUUUGUUGAGAAAGAGAUAAGAAAAGCUAAUAUCCCAAUUAUGGACACUGGUGAAAAUCCAGAGGUGCCCUUCCCCCGGGACAUGAUUGACUUAGAGGCUAAUUUUGAGAAGAUUGAAAAUGAACUGAAGGAAAUCAACACAAACCAGGAAGCUCUGAAGAGAAACUUCCUGGAACUGACUGAAUUAAAAUUUAUACUUCGCAAAACUCAGCAGUUUUUUGAUGAGGCUGAAUUGCAUCAUCAGCAGAUGGCGGAUCCAGACCUGUUGGAAGAGUCCUCAUCCCUGUUGGAGCCAAGUGAGAUGGGAAGAGGCACACCUUUAAGACUGGGCUUCGUGGCUGGUGUGAUUAACCGGGAGCGCAUCCCUACUUUUGAGCGCAUGCUUUGGCGAGUGUGCCGGGGCAAUGUGUUCCUGCGACAGGCUGAAAUCGAGAACCCCCUGGAGGACCCUGUGACUGGUGACUACGUGCACAAGUCUGUGUUCAUCAUUUUCUUCCAAGGUGAUCAGCUGAAAAACAGAGUCAAGAAAAUCUGUGAAGGGUUCCGGGCCUCACUCUAUCCCUGUCCUGAGACACCCCAGGAGAGGAAGGAAAUGGCUUCUGGAGUUAAUACCAGGAUUGAUGAUCUCCAAAUGGUUUUGAAUCAAACAGAGGAUCACCGCCAAAGGGUUCUGCAGGCGGCUGCUAAGAACAUCCGUGUCUGGUUCAUCAAAGUGCGGAAGAUGAAGGCCAUCUACCACACCUUGAACCUGUGCAAUAUAGACGUGACCCAAAAGUGUCUGAUUGCAGAAGUCUGGUGCCCUGUCACUGACCUUGACUCCAUCCAGUUUGCACUCAGAAGGGGCACGGAGCACAGUGGUUCCACCGUCCCCUCUAUUUUGAACAGGAUGCAGACAAACCAGACUCCCCCAACAUAUAACAAAACGAACAAGUUCACAUACGGCUUUCAGAACAUAGUAGAUGCUUACGGAAUUGGAACCUACCGAGAGAUAAAUCCAGCUCCAUAUACCAUCAUCACUUUCCCCUUCCUAUUUGCUGUGAUGUUUGGAGACUUUGGCCAUGGCAUUUUGAUGACCCUUUUUGCUGUAUGGAUGGUGUUAAGGGAAAGCCGGAUCCUCUCCCAGAAGAAUGAAAAUGAGAUGUUCAGCACUGUGUUCAGCGGACGGUACAUUAUUCUGUUAAUGGGUGUGUUCUCCAUCUACACUGGCCUCAUCUACAAUGAUUGCUUUUCCAAAUCUCUUAAUAUCUUCGGAUCAUCCUGGAGCGUACGGCCGAUGUUCAUAUAUAAUUGGACGGAGGAGACGCUUCGGGGGAAUCCUGUGCUCCAGUUGAAUCCAACUAUCCCUGGAGUUUUUGGUGGACCAUACCCUUUUGGCAUCGAUCCAAUUUGGAACAUUGCUACCAAUAAACUGACCUUCCUCAACUCAUUUAAGAUGAAGAUGUCCGUUAUCCUUGGUAUCAUCCACAUGAUGUUUGGAGUCAGCCUGAGCCUUUUCAACCAUACCUAUUUCAAAAAGCCCCUGAAUAUCUACUUUGGAUUUAUUCCUGAAAUAAUCUUCAUGACCUCUUUGUUUGGCUACUUGGUUAUCCUCAUUUUUUACAAGUGGACGGCCUAUGAUGCUCAUACAUCUGAGAAAGCACCAAGCCUUCUGAUCCAUUUCAUAAGCAUGUUUCUCUUUUCCUAUGAGGACAUUAGUAAUUCAAUGCUAUAUUCUGGACAGAAAGGAAUUCAGUGUUUCCUGGUUGUGGUUGCAUUGCUCUGCGUACCGUGGAUGCUACUGUUUAAACCACUGGUCCUUCGCCAUCAGUAUUUGAGGAGAAAGCAUUUGGGAACUCUCAACUUUGGUGGGAUCAGGGUGGGCAACGGACCGACAGAGGAGGAUGCUGAGAUUAUUCAGCAUGACCAGCUCUCCACCCAUUCAGAAGAUGCAGAAGAGCCUACCGAGGAUGAAGCGUUUGACUUUGGAGACACCAUGGUCCACCAGGCCAUCCACACCAUCGAGUACUGCCUGGGCUGCAUUUCCAACACCGCCUCCUACCUGCGGCUCUGGGCCCUCAGCCUCGCCCAUGCACAGCUGUCUGAGGUGCUUUGGACCAUGGUGAUCCACAUCGGCCUGAGCGUGAAGAGCUUGGCAGGAAGUCUGGCGCUGUUCUUCAUCUUCGCUGCCUUUGCCACCCUGACCGUGGCCAUCCUCCUGAUCAUGGAGGGCCUCUCAGCCUUCCUCCACGCACUGCGGUUACACUGGGUCGAGUUCCAGAAUAAAUUCUACAGCGGGACCGGUUUCAAGUUCCUACCCUUCUCCUUCGAGCAUAUUCGGGAAGGGAAGUUUGACGAGUGAGCCCUCACGGGGCUGUGUGCCCACUGCCCUCCCCCACCCACUCCAUGGUGAUUAGCUGUGCUUUUCUGCGUGUUGGUUGUGAUCCCUGGAUUUUGGAGCAUUUGUGUCAUUCUUGCCACCCUCCCCCAGCUGCUUGUGAGUCACUUAGUUAGAUCCGGCCCUCCCGUGGGUCCCCUGCCACCUCAGCUGUGUGUUUGUUGUGUAGUGAUUUUCUAGAGAGGCUGGGCUCUGGCUGUCACUCACACCCCUGGGCACCAGCCUUGCCCUCCCAAUCUCCUUCCAGCCCAAGACAGCUCCCCUCGGUGGCCUGGUGGUGACCGUGUGUAUUUACAUACGAGCCCAAAGCCCAUGGAAGGAGCUCUGCUCCUGCCAUUCUCAUUACUGGUCGUGGUGGGUUAGCAGGAGUGGGCCCAGGAAGAUGGUAUUUCUGUCUUCUGCCUCCCACCUCUGGUCCUCAGAGCAUUUGUUAAUCAGGAAUUCAGCGGGACCCCACUGUGCCAUCAUGCAUGGCUUCUCCUUGUCACCCCCAAGGGUCCCAGGGUACCGACAUCACCUUCCUAACCUCCACUCUACACUCUUACCCUCUCCCCCUCCCUCUCAGAAUCCCAGUCUCCCCCUCCCCCAUGUGCACCCUGCAUAAUGGCACAGCUGGGAGGGCCCCAAAACAGAGGUCCUGGCUGGCUGUUUCUCAGGCCAUCUGAGGGCCCUGCAAUAAACAUGUCCUCUGGGCAGAGGGUUUAAACUGAUGCUCCUCCUGGUGCAGACCCUGAGACCUUUCCCCACCCCAAAUCAUGGAUCUUCAGUGAAGGACUGUAGUUGUCAAGGGUGGUUCUCUGGCAGACCAGCCUUGCUGUGCCCACUAGUGCCCCUUCCCUCUUCCACCGUGAGCCCAAGUUGAGGAAGUGAGGUCCUGGGCAGGGACGGUCAGUGUCAUCUACAGCUUGCUGAUUGGAGGUGACUGGCAGGGCUGCGGGGCAUGUGGCUGUGAGCUGCACAGCCCUGCCCGUGAGCCAGUGAUGACCCCGAGGGGCCAGCUCCCCUGUCACCCCCACACUGGCUAUGGAUCUUAGGGCUUUUUAAACUUGUGUUGACACAGCAGCCCUGGCUGCUUGAGCUAAAUUGAUCCAGUCCCUUUCAGUGGCCGAGAUCAUCCCCUGAACUGGCCGGGCCUCUGCCCUCCUCCCACCCUGGCUUACCUUAGUGAGCUACUUGGAGCUGCUCCCUCCACCGUCCCAGGCUGGGCUGGCCCUGGGUGCGGGCCAUCCGCCCCAGUUGCCCCAGCUUUACCAUGUGCUGGCCAGUGUGACCUGACCCAGACAUUGUGCGCAGCCCCUCCCCGUGGUCCCCAUGGUUUACAUGAUGAUUGUUCUGUUUGCAGUGGGGCUUGAAGUAGAGUUCCUUGUCGGGAACCCUGCCCAAGGCCUCUGUUCAGACAUUCCUGUGCUGAAUAAAGUGUUUGA